CAUGCAGAACGCUACUCAUAGGAAUACUCCCCUUCCCAUCCUAUCCCUCAAACCAAACCAAAUCAAAUCAAUUCACUUUCCUCAAAAUUAAUCAAAAAUCCAAAACCCUUUCCUUCCCCUAAACCUCCCUCACUCUCCGACCACCACCGCCGCCGAUGUCAUCGUCCAGAGGUUUCGGUUUCCCAAUCGCCGCCGAUGAUGCUUCACAUUCUGAUUCUUUCUACCUCUCUAGCUACUACCACCCAAAACCCCUCCUCCACAAGAAUCAAACCCUAGAAGACGCCUUCACUCGUCUCUCCCUCUCCACCUCCGCCUUCAAUCCUCCACCUCUCGAUCACGCUUUCAGCCGCCACGCGUUUCACCCUCCCAAUCUCACCCAAACCGGGUUCAACGCCGCUAAUGCUGGUUCUGAAUCGCUGUCGUCAGGGUUUCUGGAUUCUGUUCCUCUGUUGAGGCAGAGCUCCGGUUUCUUCAACGGCGGCGCUGGUGAUUUGUUGGGUGAAAUCGGUGAAAUUCCAAGGAUGGAUUUGAACGAGUGCUGGAGGGGGAGUGUUUUGUCUUUUGCUAAGGAUCAAUAUGGAUGUAGGAUUUUGCAGGAGAGGAUGAAGAGAAUGGCGGCUGAGGAUUUUUCCUUUAUCUUCCUUGAGCUGAUUGAUCACGUGACUGAGCUCAUGGUGGACCCUUUUGGGAACUAUGUUUUUCAGAAGAUGGUGGAGAUUUGCAGUGAUGAACAGAGGACUCGCAUUGUUUUGGUGGUCACACAGCCUAAUUUUCUCUUGGUCAGAGUUUGUCUCAAGCCACAUGGAACGCGUUCUGUGGAGCGAUUGUUGGAGAGUGUCACCAAUGAAGAGCAAAGAGAUCUCAUUAUGGCUGCUUUGAGCCCUGGUGCUGUUGUGUUAGCUAAGGAUACAAAUGGUCAUCGUGUUGUUCUGUAUUGUUUGAAACAUUUCUCUGGAGAAGCUACUAAGUAUCUUCUGAAUGAGGUGGCAAACAACUCGUUUGGCAUAGCCAAAGAUAAGACUGGGUGCUGUGUGCUGCAGCAGUGCAUUCUCCAUGCUAUUGGAGAAACCAAAAUGAGGCUGAUUGCUGAUGUCAUUGUAAAUGCUUCCCUCCUAGCUGAGGACUGCUACGGCAACUAUGUUGUGCAACAUUUAUUGUCUCUGAAAAUACCAGUAGUUACAGAAAAUCUACUCAGACAACUUCAAGGGAAGUUUACAUAUCUUGCCUGCAACAAGUAUGGGAGUAAUGUGGUGGAGAAGUUCUUUCAAGAAUCAGGAGAAAUGCACUCAAUGCGUAUUGUUUUAGAGUUGCUCCAUGAUCCCAAUGUCGCGAGGCUUCUUGUGGAUCCAUAUGGUAAUUAUGUCAUCAAAACGGCCCUGAUGAUAUCUAAGGGAGCCAUUCGGAAUGCUUUACUCCAGCUGAUCCAACUAAACUCCACAAUGAUGCGAAACAACCUCUAUGGCAAGAAGUUACUUGAUAGGUUUGACAGGGGAAAUAUUCGACACAUUUAAACAUGCAUUACAGUAACUUCUAAAUUGCUCAAAAGAUUUUUCAUGGCCACAAGGAGAUUACACUUUUUGACUACCUCCUUUUUUUUCUUCUGUCGCAUUACUCAUACUUUCAUAAGAUGUCUUAGGUUGUGUGUUGUUUGUAGUUUAUAUGUUAGUUUCUCUCAGUUUUGUUACUGGCAUAGGAUGGAAGGACUUGGUUCUCAGAGACUAUAGAGGACAAUGCUCAGCUGUAUAGGAGAUAACUAGCAACAUACAUGAUCCUCUCAAGGGAAAAGCUACAAUGGUUGAUACAAAUUUGUGAUAUUCUAAGUGUAAUUCUUGUGAUUCUACUGUUAUGUACCCAAAAAAUAAACCAUCAGGAUAGAUUUCAAGUGUUUCUAGGUUCCUUAUUUUCCUUCCAUGUAGGUCCUUUUGUAAUUUUGUUUCAUACUUUGAAACAUUAUUUUUGAAAGAUUUGAAGUUAUAAACAUAUGUUUGUGGCUUUG